UAGAUCUAGAUCAAGGAGGCUACCCUUCAUUCCUGAAUCAGGGUACUUUCCUUGACUUUCAUGUAGGCCUAAUAUCCUAGAGUGUAGUUCUACAUGAUAUCAUACAAUAGUAACUGUCCUCUGGUAUAUCAAAUAACAGACUUUACACAGUGGGUCAACAAGUCCUUUAGUGGACAGGCAUCUGACUCCAUUAGAAUUGAGGAGGGAGAAAGAGACAAUGUCUUUUCUGAGACAAAGCAGGAAGGUGUUGAGCUCAGUGACUCACUGUGUAUCUCAGUACUUAGCUGGGUCAAGCGUUGCUGUCAACACAGCCAGACCAACAGUUUUAUCCACGUUUAGCACACUUUGCCACAGACUGCAGCACCCCGUACAAGCACUGGCCGCACAGCCAAGUCAUAAUGGUCAGCAUAGUGCGCUGAUAUCAAGGUCUCUAUUGCAGAAUAUUAGACGCUGUGAAUUUGCUCCUCAGAGAUCAAUCUCCUUAGAGUACAUGCACAGAAAAGGACUCUACAAGAAGGAAAGAAGGAAGAAGAAUUCUCCUCUGGAAGGAAGACCCCAACUAAAAGGAGUGGUUCUGAAGACUCUGAUCAAGAAACCCAAGAAGCCGAACUCUGCCAACAGGAAGUGCGUGAAGCUGCGUCUGAGCACGGGGAAGGAGGCCAUCGCGUACGUGCCCGGGGAGGGUCACAACCUGCAGGAGCACAACAUUGUCCUGGUGCAGGGCGGCAAGCUGCAGGACACGCCAGGGGUCAAGCUCGUCUGUAUCCGAGGCAAAUACGAUUUGCCGCUGGUGAAGAAGAAAUUGUAAAGAGACAGCAGAGAUAUAUUAUUAUAUGUGUCACAGCGUGGUGGAAUCGGGCGCUCGCCAAUUUUGGGCUUGUGGAACGAUUGGUAUCAACUAAAAGCUUAUUCAUUUGCCGUACUUUCAAUGAAAAAAA